AUGCCUUCAUCGAUCUUUCUAUCUAGUUAUCAUAUCUAUCUAUCUAUCUAUCUAUCUAUCUCAUUCUGCUUCUAUCUAUCUAUCUAUCUAUCUAAUUAUAUUCAAUGCCUAUCUAUCGAUGUCUCUACAACCGUUCAUAUCUAUGUAUCGCAAUCUGUUUAUAUAUCUAUAUAUCUCUCUAUCACAAUCUGUUCAUCUACGCAUGUUCAUAUCUAUCUAUCUAUCUAUCUAUCUAUCUAUCUAUCUAUCUAUCUAUCUAUCUAUCUAUCUCAUUCUCUUCAAUAUCUAUCUAUCUAUCUAUCUAUCUAUCUAUCUAUGCCAUUCUGUUCGGUAUCAAUCAUAAUCCGUAAUCUAUCUAUCUAUCUAUCUAUCUAUCUAUCUAUCUAUCUAUCUAUCUAUCUCAUAUUGUUCAUAUUUUUCUUAAUAUUUUUCUUAAUAUGUUCAUAUCUCUAUCUAUCUGUCUGUUUCUUUCUUUCUUCCUUCCUUCCUUCCUUUCUAUCUAUCUAUCUAUCUAUCUCUGUUUUUUUUUCUUUUUUCCUUUCUAAACUUCUAUCUAUCUAUCUAUCUAUCUGUCUGUCUGUUUCUUUCUCUCUUUCUUUCUAUCUAUCUAUCUAUCUAUCUAUCUAUCUAUCUAUCUAUCUAUCUCAAUUGCUCGGUAUAGCUCUGUCUGUCUUUUCUACUUCUUUUUCUUCUUCCUCUGCUACUACUACUACUACCACCUCGUCUUCUUAUUUUUUCUUCUUCUUCUUCUUCUUCUUCUUCUUCUUUUUCUUCUUCGCUUCUCCUUAUUUUUUUCUUUCCUUCCUUCUUUCUUUCUUUCUUUCUCUUUUUUUCUUUCUUUCUUUUUUUCUUUCUUUCUUUUUUUCUUUCUUUCUUUCUUAUUCUUUCGUUCUCUGUUUGUUUGUUUCUUUCUUUCCUUCUUUCUUUCUAUUCCUUCCUCUCUCCUUUCCAUUCCUUCCAUCUUGCAUAUUCAUUCUUUCUUUCUUUCUUUCUUUCUUUCUUUCUUUCUUUCUUUCUUUCUUUCUUUCUUCUUCUACUACAACUACUACUACUACUAACAAUAAUAAAAAAAAUACUACGACCUCUUCUUCUUCUUCUUCUUCUUCUUCUUCUUCUUCUUCUUUUUCUUCUUCUUCCUCUUAA